CUCAAUGCAGAAGAAGAGUUGUCUUCCUCUAUGUGCAGCUGUUUCUGUCCAUUGAUGCCAAAUUCACCUCUGUCUCUGUUCACUGAUUUUUAAACCCUAUUAACUGAGGAUGUCGGAGGAUCUGAGGUCAGAGCUGGAGCAAUAUCUGGAGACUUUAAGCAUCCAGACGACCUCCGUGGAGCACCCUCCGGUUUUCACGGUGGAGGAGAUGAUGCCUCACCUACAGGAAGUGAGCGGAGCGGUCACUAAAAACCUUUUCUUGAAGGAUAAGAAGAAGAAAGGCCUAUGGCUGGUGUCCGUUCGCCAUGACCGCCAGGUGAACCUCAAUGACCUCGCCAAGAAGCUCGGCGUCGGCAGUGGCAACCUGCGCUUCGCAGACGAGGCGGCCAUGUUGGAGAAACUCAAGGUGGGUCAGGGCUGCGCGACGGCUCUCGCUCUGCUCUUCGAUAAGGACCAGAGCGUGAAGUUCGUUCUGGAUCGGGACCUGGUGGAAGGAGGCCACGAGAUGGUCUACUUCCACCCUAUGACCAACGCCGCCACCAUGGGGCUCCGUCCGGAUGACCUGCUGCGCUUCCUCAAGAAGACAGGACAUGAACCCAUCCUGGAAAGCUUCGAGUAGGACGGGACUGGAACCUGGACCUCGACCUGGGUUUAAAACUUGACAGGAUCAGGCUGCAGGCUGCAUAACAAGUAUGUUAUGGUCCUGGACAGUCUUAUUAAGUCUUAUUUAAGAACACGUGGAGAAGCCUUAUUUGGUGAGACAUGAAUCUCAAUCAGUCUGUACAGUGAUGAAUACAAGUAAAACAAGAAAGGGAAUGUUUUUACUGGUCUGAUAUGGUUACAGAAAUUCUUUGACUUUUUAUUAAACGGUGACAUGUUUAAGAUUUA